AUGCUGCUCCUCUAUGGUUACCCCAUAGGUUUGUUGGAGGAGAGCAAGGUGCAGACGCCAGCCUUCACAGACUCAGUGAGGCUCUACCGCCAGGCCCAUGGGCAGUAUGGCACCUGGGAGAUGAUGUGUGGCACACCCCCACAGGUAAUUAUGGCACAGCCAAUGACACUGGCUAUGUCCCAAAUGGCACCCUAUUCACUAGAUAGUGCACUACGUCACUACAUCGGGCUCUUGUCAAAAGUAGUGCACUAUGUAGGAAAUGGAGUGUCAUUUGGGACACAGAAACUCUCUCUGCGUGUUGUAUGUUUUAGAAGAGAGAAUGCCUGUCUGUCUGCAUGAUAUUACCCCUGCACAUUGUUGGUGUCAAGGUUUUGGUAAGAGACCUUAUUCAAGAAUGUAAGACAUUCAAACAAAUCUAAGUAUUAGGUACUUUGAUUCUCUACAGUACAAUCAGAGACCUGGUCAGCAAAAUACUGAUCAGAAUACCUAUUUUCCUUCCAAGUCACGUUCCAGUAGUGUACAUUUCCUGAACAGCUACCCCAGAGAGAACAGCAACAGGAACUGGCUACUCACACAGGGGCUAUGUCCUAAAUGGUACCCUAUUACCUACAUACAGUGCAUUCAUACACCUUCACUUUUUCCACAUUUUGUUACGUUACAGCCUUAUUCUAAAAUUGAUUAAAUUGUUUUUUUUACCUCAUCAAUCUACACACAAUAUCCCAUAAUGACAAAGCAAAAACAGGUUUUUAGAAAUGUUUGCAAAUGUAAAAAAAAAAAAAAAAACGGAUAGAUCACAUUUACAUAAGUAUUCAGACCCUUUACUCAGUACUUUGUUGAAGCACCUUUGGCAGCAAUUGCAGCCUCGAGUCUUCUUGGGUAUGACGCUACAAGCUUGGCACACCUGUAUUUGGGGAGUUUCUCCCAUUCUUCUCUGCAGAUCCUCUCAAGUUCUGUUAGGUUGGAUGGGGAGCGUCGCUACACAGCUAUUUUCAGGUCUCUCCAGAGAUGUUCGAUCGGGUUCAAGUCCGGGCUCUGGCUGGACCACUCAAGGACAUUCAGAGGCUUGUCCCGAAGCCACUCCUGCGUUGUCUUGGCUGUGUGCUUAGGGUCGUUGUCCUGUUGGAAGGUGAACCUUUGCCCCAGUCUGAGGUCCUGAGCGCUCUGGAGCAGGUUUUCAUCAAGGAUCUCUCUGUACUUUGCUCCGUUCAUCUUUCCCUCGAUCCUGACUAGUGUCACAGUCCCUGCUGCUGAAAAACAUCCCCACAGCAUGAUGCUGCCACCACCAUGCUUCACCGUAGGGAUGGUGACAGGUUUCCUCCAGACGUGACACUUGUCUUUCAGGCCAAAGAUUUCAAUCUUGGUUUCAUCAGACCAGAGAAUCUUGUUUCUCAUGAUCUGAGAGUUCUUUAGGUGCCUUUUGCAGACUCCAAGCGGACUGUCAUGUGCCUUUUACUGAGGAGUGUCUUCCGUCUGGCCACUCUACCAUAAAGGCCUGAUUGGUGGAGUGCUGCAAAGGUGGUUGUCCUUCUGGAAAGUUCCCCCAUCUCCGCAGAGGAACUCUGGAGCUCUGUCAGAGUGACCAUCGGCUUCUUGGUCGCCUCCCUGACCAAGGCCCUUCUCCCCCGAUUGCUCAGUUUGGCUGGGCAGCCAGCUCUAGGAAGAGUCUUGGUGGUUCUAAACUUCUUCCUUUUAACAAUGAUGGAGGCCACUGUGUUCUUGGGGACCUUCAAUGCUGCAGAAAUGUUUUGGUACCCUUCCCCAGAUCUGUGCCUCGACACAAUCCUGUCUCGGAGCUCUACGGACAAUUCCUUCGACCUCAUGGCUUGGUUUUUGCUCUGACAUGCACUUUCAACUGUGGGACCUUAUAUAGACAGGUGUGUGCCUUUCCAAAUCAUGUCCAAUCAAUUGAAUUUACCACAGGUGGAUUCCAAUCAAGAUGUAGAAACAUCUCAAGGAUGAUCAAUGCAAACAGGUUGCACCUGAGCUCAAUUUCAAGUCUCAUAGCAAAGGGUCUGAAUACUUAUGUAAAUAAGGUACCAGUUUUUUAUUCAUUUGCAAAAAAAUCUAAAAACCUGUUUUCGCUUUGUCAUUAUGGAGUAUUGUGUGUAGAUUGAGUUUUUUAUCCAUUUUUUAAUAAGGCUGCAACAUAACAAAAUAUAGAAAAAGUCAAGGGGUCUGAAUACUUUCUGAAUACACUGUAGUGCACUACUUUUGACCAGAGCUAAAUGGGUCUAUGUAGGGAAUAGGGUGUAAUUUGGGAUACAAUCAGGGAUCAUGAUGUCACUAUGCCCCCUGCCCUGGUGACACAGUAUCCUGUAGGCAUGAGCUCACUGUGCCUACCAUACCCCCCCCCCCCCCCCCCCCCCCCCCCCCGCAGAACUGAGUGGAAGGCAGACCCAAAGCAGAUGGUUGUGUGUGUGUGUGAUGUCUGGGCCUGGGGGCCUUGACUCAUACCCAUCAUUCUUAGUAUUUAAUAGACAGUCCCAGUGGGAGAUAGAGGGAGCCAAAGGUCAGACGAGGAGCCUAGGGCUCAGAGUUAGCCGCAGAGUCAGGACUCCCAUAGACCCAAAGGUCAGACACAACACACACUUUUAACAGACAGACAGCCGGUAUAUAUAUACAGUGUACAACAUUUUUGGAAAACCUGCUCUUUCCAUUAGACUGACCAGGUGAAUCCAGGUGAAAGCUAUGAUACCUUUUUGAUGUCACUUGUUAAAUCCACUUCAAUCAGUGUAGAUGAAGGGGAGGAGACCGGUUAAAGAAGGAUUUUUAAGCCUUGAGACAAUUGAGAAUGGAUUGUGUAUGUGUGCCAUUCAGAGGGUGAAUGGGAACGACAAAAGAUUGAAGUGCCUUUGAACAGGGUAUGGUAGUAGAUUCUAGGCACAACGGUUUGUCAAGAACUGCAAUGCUGCUGGGGUUUUCACACUCAACAGUUUCCUGUGUGUAUCAAGAAUGGUCCACCACCCAAAGGACAUCCAACCAACUUGACACAACUGUGUGAAGCAUUGGAGUCUACAUGGGCCAGCAUUUUGACACCUUGUAGAGUCCAUGACCCGAUUUAAUUGAGGCUCUUUUGAGGGCAAAUGGGGGUGCAACUCAAUAUUAGGAAGGUGUUCCUAAUGUUUUGUGAAAUCAGUGUAUAUCAGAUAUGUUUUGUACUCCUCUAAACAUCAAUCUCCAGUUAACUGAUAUUUCACCAAGUCAUAAUUUUAACAUUCUGUCAUGAUGAGCACAUGUUCAACUUAUAAAAAAACAUGUUUUCCGAUCUCAAGACAUUAAAUAAAAAAAUUACUUAAGUAAGUGCCUAUUAAGUGCCAAAUAAAGUAACAGGGUUGACCGUAACGGCAUUGACGAUUUCAUCUUAAAUCAGUCAUUAAUCCCCUUGUGACAGGAAAUGGAAGCUUGUUGUGUGUAACAGGGGGGGGCAAUUGAAUGCAUGGCUCCACCAACAUUUUUUUAUUGGUAAAAUAAUUCUAGCCUGUCUAUCUGUGGGUAACAGGGUUGACGUGUUAUACUUGACCCACUCAGUUUCCCACCAUGAAAGACCAGAAAAUGGACAGAGUAUAAUGAGCUCACCUGCUUUUAUAUUAUGAUUUGACUAUUAGAUGUUCGUUUGAAAAGUUUUUGUUUUUUUAAAGGAAUAGUUUCACCAUAUUAAAAUGUGAAUUCAGUUCAUGUAACAGGGUUGACCUUAAAAUGUGGGACAUGUUUUUCUUCUUCAUGAAAAUGUAUCACUAAUCACAGGAAAUAUAAAUUAUGAUUUUCAGAAAUGACUUUGUCAAAGCAACAAAAUAACUUGGGCUUUACAAUGAUGAAAAUGCUUAAACAUUUGUGUUAAGUGGGUUAAAAUAUUAAUAGAAGUCAGAGGGACAUGCCAAAAGGCUGGUGAAGCUGGUUGAGAGAACGCUAAGAGUGUGUAAAGCUGUCAUCAAGGCAAAGGGUGGCAAUAUGAAGAAUAUCAAAUAUAUUUGGAUUUGUUUAAAACUUGUGUUAUUUCAUAGUUUUGAUGUCUUCACUAUUAAUCUAUAAUGUAGAAAAUAGUUUUUGAAAAAUAAAGAAAAACCUUGAAUGAGUAGGUGUGUCCAAACUUUUGACUGGUACUGUAUAUCGAUUCGAAUCUGAAUCGACAGCCAGAAGCCACAUGGAAUCUGGUAUUUCAAGCCACAUUUCAAACCAUCGUAAGUGGUUUGAAGUCCGAUACAAAUCUGAUUCCUGGCCAUGCGCCUUAUUAUUAUUUACCCUCAAGUGGUUUUUAGACUGUUAUUUGGCAUAUCUUGUUGUUUGCUAGCUACUCUGUUGAUAGUAUGACAAGAACAGUUUACAAAGAAAUUAGUGAAUGUGCUAGAAAGCUAAACAGCUACCUAGCUAGCUAGUUGGCUGUUGUGGCUAGACAAAACUGACUCAUUUGAGGCUUUAAAAGUGUUCUUACACUAUGAUUUUGAACAUUCAAAGCAGCUGGGAAACGUCCAUGGCAGGCAUUGUCACCUUAGCUUGCUACAUAACGUCUGCGUGGUAGGAAGUACGAGCACCACCACCAAUCAGCCUACACCACUGCACACACACCCUCCAUUACUAUAACAACUAGCAUAGCCUUGUCAGAAAAUGACUGCUGUCUGAACACACACACAUCCUAUUUGGUCACUUGUAACUUGCUUUUUGGACGGUCAAUAUUCCAAAACAGAUUUGAAAAACAAAACGGAUUUUGAGCAUUAAGGCCAGCAUUGUGAACAAGGCUUAAGAGACCGAUCAGAACAGAUAGCUUGACACUGUUAUGCUUGUAGCAGCAGUGACAGCAGCCUCGGUGGACUCCUUGGCUUACAUUUGAACAAUAACCAAACAGUGGUGGUCAUUCAUUGUGUCCUGCUGUGACACACCACCAAUGAGACACCUACAGAUUAGACCAGCACUCAUAGUUCUGUUUCAAGUUGAAAUACACCAGAAUGGUAGAACAGAGAAUCUCUGGCAGCAUUGCCAACUCUGCUCCUACACAUUCCUCUGUGCCAUAUCAUCAUGCAAGAUCAGUAACUCGCAUCCAAUGCAGCCUAGCUCAAGGCUCUUGACUUCAAGGCCAAAUAAAUACAAUAGAAGAUAUUUAUCAUGACUAUAUUGUGAUGAAUGUCUAGGGCCCCUUAUAUUCAACUCUGGACCUCAAAGCCAGUUCCACUGAUUUUAGACCUGGGACACCAGGUGGGUGCAAUUCAUUAUCAGGUACAACAGAAAACCAGCAGGCUCCGGACCUCGUAGGGUAAGAGUUGAAUACCACUGAUCUAGAGCAAUCAGGCUAGAAAAACCAGUUCUCAGGUUUCGAUAGCUCUGACAUAUCUGUAGUGUGGAGUGCAGACCACACCUGAGAGGGUAAAGUACAGUAGACUAGUAUACGGACCUUUGGAGAUGCCCUCCAGCGGAUACAAAGCAUGAAUGGGAUCUCAAAUGAACCACUUCCCAUGUAUAAAUAAAUACUCUGCCCUGAGGCCAUAGAUUAGCCCCACUCCCAAUGAGUGGAGAGAGUGAGCUGGUAUGACCUUAUUAGGUCAUAAGAAUUGUACCACUCUGGAAGUAUGGCUGCAUUGGUCUCAGUAGUUCAUUAAUCACUUUGUCCCUUUUUGGGAUAUUUGUCUUGCAUCUCAAACAGCACAGCGUCACCACAUGUAUUGUUGUCGUCUGAUCUCAAAUCCACUACUAUCCCUGUAGAUUCUGGCCAACCUGGUGAUGGAGACACUUCUCCCUGAGCUCAGGGAUCUCAUAACCCCGGGACUGAAAGGCAAAAUGCACGAAAGGCAGAGGAACUGGAUGCUGGUAAGUACUAUCUCACAGAACUGACCAAAUACCUCCUUUUAAUACUAAGCAAGGCAUGCACAACUUGGGAAAAUGUCUUAUCCUUACCCAGCUUCUGAGUUCCCUGUUUGUACAUGAAUCCAUGUGCGUGUUGGGAUGCAAAAAUGCUGGUGAACUACAUAUUUUUAUUCCAUGUUCACAAAGGUGGAUAAUAUGGCACUUUGGUCAACAUUUCGGCCCAGUGGCUUUACUCAAUACAAGAUGCAGACAUAACAGUCCUCUGUGUCCCCAUGCAGAUCUGCGACGCUGUGUAUGGUCUGGUGGUGAUGCAGGCCCAGGCCCAGUAUGAGGCUGUGGUGCAGAGCUGUGAGGACGGACGUCCCCCGCUAGAGGCCUCCAUACGCACAGACAUGGACCAGAUCAUCACCUCCAAGGAGCACGUCACCAACAAAAUCAAAGGUGAGCCCUCUCCAUGACCUGUGUGGUCCAGCUCAUGUAUACUAGGGUCGGCAUGAGUUAGAAUCCGCACCACUGCACUUCUGACUUGCCAACUCUCCCACCUUUCCUGUCUCCUCUUCACUCUCCCAUCUUUAUAAAAUAAAUCAAUAUCCCACAGUAAAUAUAUUUAAAAGGGAUGAGCCCUCCGCAGUAAGAUGAAGUUUAGCCCUAGUCCCAGUCAUUGACCCAAGGUCAGUUUUGCCGUCACCCAGUAAUGGAUUUUGGGGAAGUAAGCAGAUCCUAGAUCUGUGCCCAAGCCAGGGCAACUUGGGACACAGUAGGUAAAUACCAGUAGCUGCAGUACAAUGGUAGAUUCUAGUCAUACUCUGAAUACCUACAGUACAUAUCUGGCCUGCAUAUCAUUCUGGGUGCUCUUUACCAGUGGCGUGACAAGUAUUUACCAACAGUUAGACAGUUCUGUGCUAUGUUGACAGACUGUGUCCAUGGAGUGGAACACAGGAAGAAUAGCAGCAUUCAAUCAACAGUUACGAGGGUGACUUAGUCACACUUAGUCUGUCUGAACUGAUAGGAGUUGAAUUCCUUUGGCCGAAUCAUAUCUUAAGAUAAGCAUGUGUUGCACAACGAGUCACAGUGGAACUUCUGCCAGUCUAUAAAGUAAUAUAGCCUAGACUACUCUGUGUGUUGACAUCCUCUCACUCGUUGUCUUCCCCCCCAGCGGUGGCGCUGCCUAAGGCAGAGAAGCUGCUGAAGGUGAGUAUCCAGCCCUACAUCAGCUCUAUCCUGGAGGCCCUGAUGGAGCCCACCAGUCGAGGAUUCUCUGAGGUCAGGGACGUCUUCUUCAGAGAGCUGGUGGACAUGAGCAAGAACACGCUGAACGACAGCACCAAGGAGAAACUGGGAGAGGUGAGAGCGUUGUUAUUCAUUUCUAUGGGUUAGCGGGCUCAGUCUCUGAGUAUGUCUAAUGAUCCAGCAUAACAGUUUAACUGCAUACUUUUAAUACACCCAUUUAGGUGAUAUCUGAAGUGUAGCAUACACAUUGAUGAGUGAAUUGAAAGACAUGUAUCAUCCAAGCCUGGUCUAUGUGUUAAUUCUGUCAACCCAGCCUCACUCUUCCUUCUCUCCCUCACUCCCUCCAUCGUCAGCACAUGGAGAAGAUCUCUAUGCUGGCGUUCCACCCGGUGAAGAUGCAGAGCUGCUAUGAGAAAGUAGAGGACUUGAGUCUGGACGGCCUGCAGCAGAGGUUCGACGUCUCCAGCCCCUCCGUGUUCGUCCAGAGGGCACAGAUCCUCAUGAGAGAGGUAUAACUUUUCUAACUAGCACUGAUUGAGGAGGGAGGUUUUACUUGCAAUGACUGUGAUAUGUUGUCUUACCUACCUUAGUUGAAUGCGUUGGCUGUAUGUCACUCUGGAUAAGAGUGCCUCGUAAAUGAUCAAAAUGUAAACUACACCCUCCUACACCUUACUACAUGCUGCAAAACGUGACACAACCUCUUAAUGCUGAUGGGGACAGUUUUUCACUAAACUAAUAUAUGGUGUAUGAGUAUGGUGAGGUACUAAUUAAAUAAUUGCUGAAAUGUCUCCAUUUGAGUUCCUGGCUGGUGUGUGAGUGCUGAAAGGAUGCGGCCUGCAGGUCUCUUUUGUGGUUGUUGGUUGUGCUGUUUUGUCUGAGAUCCUCAGAGCUAUGGGGAGUUCUUUAUUAUUGUGGUUGGAGAACAAGCACAUUCUGGUUAGUGAGUGGUGGGACUAUGGUUGGCUGUCAUUGGCUGGCUGGUCUCUGUUGACAGGCUGUAGGUUGUUGGAGAGAUAUCCUAGAGCCAAGUAUUCACCACUCUGUCCCCCACUGUGAAUCACAUAGGCUGUCCUCUUUGUAGUGGCUAGAAGCUGCUGGGGCUGAGACAGGGGCUAAGGUCUCAGAGAGUUCGAAAAUUGAACUUUGCUUUGCAUCCAAGAUUCUGUUUAUAGUUCAGAUAUACAAUAGCAGCUAUCUACCCUCAGGGUUCAGAGUAUGAUUUGUUUAGAAUGAAAGGAGGGAAGGGUUGUAUUGGAGAAGAUUCAACUUGUGUGUGUGUAUAUAGAAAGCAAUACUAUUUUGAUGUGCUACACUUAAAAAGGAAUUGUUGGGAAGAUGGUGCCCCCUUGUGGUGGAUAUAUGAAAACUGAUGGAAUGUUUUGUUCUUGGCUUUGCUUUUGGAAAUUCAGCAAGCAGCAAAUCAUGGCCUUGAUCUAUACACUGUCGGAUGACUGCUUAUUUGAGUUCACCAGUUCAUUGAGUUACCGACACGCUCACAUGAGGAUCCAUUUUGUAAACCGGUUUCUCUGCAUUCUCUUUCUGUCUGAUAGAGUAUAGACCAUUUUGAGGAAAGGUUUACUUGACUGUGAUUUGUGGUUGUUUUUCCCUACUAAACGUAGUUGAAUGCACUGACUGUAAGUCCCUCUGGAUAACAGCGUUUGCUAAAUGACUAAAAUGUAAACUGAUAAACAAACCUUUUUCUGUGCAGCAAAUGGACGAUGCUGUGUACACCUUUGAGCAGAUCCUUCACCAGAGUCUGGAGGGCCAGGGGUCCGAGGGUCUCUGUAAGAACAUCCAGCGCUGCCAGGACCGGGUCAUCAAGGUAAGGCAGACAGGGGAGGGAUGGCUGUUGGCCCAGGGAUGGCUGUAGGCACGAUGACUAAUCAAGACCAUUGCGCUCUCCCCCAAAAAGGUUUUGUUGGUGCGUAAAACCAGUGAAUCUAGAUACGCAACAUGUAAUGGCUCCGCAUACAAAAAUAUGUCAUAUAUAACUUGCUAGGCACAUGGAUGGGCAAAAUAGGAUUGAUACUGCAUUAAUUUUCUCUGAAGAAUCAUAACAUCUCCUUUUCUUCUAUUUCCCUCCUGUCUGUCCUCAGAAAUUUGACUAUGACAGCAGCACAGUCCGGAAGAGGUUCUUCAGAGAGGCUCUUCUUCAGAUCUUCAUCCCUUACAUGCUGAAGCAGCUCACUCCCUCCAUCGCGUCUGUAGGUCUAGCAGCUGGAGCCGGCUAGACAGUGUGUCUAGACGGGUCAAAUGCAUACAUUGUGUGAAACUGACGUUACACUUCCAUGCGAUAGCAUUCCCUUAGUCACUCACAUUGCUAAUUUAGUCUUUUUUCUGCAUGUCUCUCCUGAGUGUAUUCCUGAGUGUGUAUAUGACAUGGGUCCUUUGUUCUCAUACUUGUUCCUCUGCCGUGUCCAGGAGCUGCCUCGUUUCCAGGAGCUGAUUUUUGAGGACUUCUCUCGUUUCAUCCUGGUGGAGAACAUCUUUGAGGAAGUGGUGCUGCACUCUGUCAUGAAGGACAUCAUGAUGGGUGAGUCUCAUAGCGGAAACAGUGGCUUUGCCCUUAAUGGCACCAUUACUCCCUUUGUAUUGCAUUACUAUGGGCCCUGGUCAAUAGGUGGAAUAGGGUGACAUUUCGGACACAGACAUAUACUUCUCUUAUAUUUGAAUGCCUUAUGUCAGGGUUCACCAACUGGCGGUGAUUUGAUUUGGCCCCCCAAGUUUUCUGAGCAAAACAUUUAUUAAUUGAAAAAACUAAUGGAGGGGUUAGACAUAAAAUACUGUAAAAACACAAGCAAAUCCGCACAGAGUUUACAAAACAUUAGGAACACCUGCUCUUUCCAUUACCUAAACUAACCAGGGAAAUCCAGGUGAAAGCUAUGAUUCCUUAUUGAUGUCACUUGUUAAAUCCACUUCAAUCAGUGUAGAUGAAGUGACAAUUGAAACAUGGAUUGUGUGUGUGUGCCAUUCAGAGGGUGAAUGGGCAAGACCAAAGAUUUAAGUGCCUUUUGAACGGGGUAUAGUAGUAGGUGCCAGGCACACCGGUUUGAAUGUGUCAAGAACUGCAACACUGCUGGGUUUUUCACGCUCAAAGGUUUCCCGUGUGUAUCAAAAAUGGUCCACCACCCAAAGGACAUCCAGCCAACUUGACACAAUUGUGUGAAGCAUUGGCGUCAACAUGGGCCAGCAUCCCUGUGGAAAGCUUUUGACACCUUGGCUGUUCUGAGGGCAAACUCAAUAUUAGGAAGGUGUUCCUAAUGUUUUUUAAACUCAAUGUAUGUGAUCGUAUACAAAUAAGCAAGGUUUGAAAUUAUGUUUUAGUUCAACUUUAUAUCUGUUGGGCUUCUUGCGGUCAAUUUGCAAUCUACAAAUUAUUUGUAAUUAUGUUCCGGCCCCGUGACCAUCCACUCAAGAAAAAUGUGUCCCGCUGCUGAAUCUAGUUGAUGAUCCCUGCCUUAUGUAUUCAGUGCAUGGAAUAAGUGUACUCACAAGCUAUAUUUAGGGCCUAGAGUUCUUCCUCACCAAAUGACCUAGGAAAAACUCCAGGUUCUAGUGAUAUGCAAAAACUAUGUGUUAGAAGAGAUACCGCUCCUGAGUCAUUCUACCUCAAAAGCACAAGAAAUAAGAUUUUGACAGCCGCCAUCUCUGAUUAUUCUGAAAUAGUUUCUGUAGUUAGAAAUAGAUAAUAUUAGCAUUAUUUUGUUGAAAGAUUAUUUGAAAGAUUAUUGAGAAAUUAAGCUAAUUGUUGCACCCAAAUUUGCCAUUUCAAUUUAUAGGAUUCAUAUAAUAUUCAGUAAAUAUAUUACCCAACUUCCAAUUUGGUGCAAACCACUUCUUAAUAAUGUCUAAGACGUGAGGAAUCCAAAUAAAUGGUCAAAGGCCUCCCACGGACCCCACAAACCAUACACCAAGCCCAUCCCAAUGGUCAGUAUACAGUAUCAGUUCUCUAUGUUUGACAGGUAGUAUGACGCUGCGGCUUGGAGUGUUGUUUAUUCAUACUAUGUAAUGCAUUUUCAGUGAAUUUGGUGAGGUUUCUUUCACCCUGUUAAGACAUUUGCCAUUGAAGUCACUUGCAUUUCCGCCCAUAAAUUAGUGUGAAAGUACCAGGUUUUGCCCAUUAGAUGCCACUGUUCAUGCUGGUACUUUUAUCCAUUUUGCUGGUCACUUGUGUUUAUUAAAGGGGGGCUGAACUUUCUGAUUUGGCCUUGUGAAAUUGGAUGUUGGGUAUUAUAUUGAAUGAAUAUUAUAUGAAUUCUAUCAAUUGAAAUUGCCAAUUUGUGUGCAAUCAAAUAGCUUAAUUUCUCAAGAGUUCAAAAUGUCUUUCAACAAAAUAAUAUUGAAAUACAUAUAUAUAAUGUUGAAACAAAUAAUACAACUACAGAAACCAUUUCAGAACAAUCUGAGAUGGUGGGUGUCAUGGCUUUCUGAAAUGAAAUGGAACAAACCUCUGGUGUACAAUGUCUUAAUGACCUUUCUCUCUCUUUUCCUCUCCCUUUCUAUGCUUUCUUUCUUCCUCCCUGUGUAGCUGUGAAGGAGGCAGCAGUCCAGAGGAGACACAACCUGUACAGGGACAGCAUUGUACUGACCAGCAGUGACCCCAACCUGAACCUGUUGGGGGACAACCCUGCCAUCGACUGGGCUGGGGAGUACGGGACAGGACCGGAGGAGGGGCAGGGACAAGUUGAGGUAGAGGGGGAGGAGACUGGGGAUAGUGGGGAGGCCCAUAGGAGGCGCAGGAUGAAGCAGGUGGUCUCCAUGAUCCAGCUGGAUGGCUCCCCCAUCCUGGUCAACGAGUCCUGCCUGGAGGUGCCCAGUGUUGACGGCAUCCCUGAGGAGAGGGAGGGAGAGGGGGAGGACCAGGGCGCAGACGCUCCAUUGUCUCCAGAGAUCAUCCACCAGGAACCAGUCAAAGUUAAUGGAACCACUUCAAAAAAAAAGAAGGCCCCUCCACCUCCUGUCCAGCCAGAGAACAGUCCAUCCCCUGCCCUAACGAACGGCUCCGUCCUGAAAGGAGGCGAGCCGGCCGCGAUCUUGAGUGAGGCCCCAGAGGUGCAGACCAAAAUCUUAGAAGAUGUGACCCAGGAAGCUGAGCGUGAGAAGAAGUUCCUAGAGAUUGAGAGCUCCUUACAGGACUCAGAGAGCACAGCAUCAGCCAUCGAGAGUGCCAUACAGGAGAUAGAGAAUGCUGUGCAGGAAGAGGACAACGAGCCAGGCGUGGAGGCGGCUGCAGUUUCACAGGAGACAGCAGCAGAAGUGUCCCCCUCAAGCCAGGAGGUUAGUAGUGUACCCUUAAGCAAAGAGAAGGAAUCUCUGAAAACAGUUCAGGAAGAGGCUUCGGCACCAGCAGUUCUAACCCAAGAGGAAACCUCUCCUUCCAGUUCAGAGGAGGAAUCUUCCCUAGCCUCAACGCAGAUGGAGGCGGUAGCAGUAACACCCAUAGCACAAGAGGAGAUCCCCACACCCUUACCAACAGCCCUGGACACAGAGCUCCAAGUGCCUGCAGCCACACCAACAGAAAUUCCUGCAGCCACACCAACAGAAAUUCCUGCAGCCACACCAACAGAAAUUCCUGCAGCCACACCAACAGAAAUUCCUGCAGCCACACCAACAGAAAUUCCUGCAGCCACACCAACAGAAAUUCCUGCAGCCACACCAACAGAAAUUCCUGCAGCCACAUCAACAGAAAUUCCUGCAGCCACACCAACAUCCCUGGAGACGGAGCAAGUCCCUGUCCCUGCACCAAUGCCAGAGGAGUCGGAGAGCACUAAGAGCACUUCAAAUGUCCAGAGUGCAAAUCCACAACCCACAGUGGAUUUGAACUCCCUGCCCCCUCCACCUCCACAUGACGACAGUGGCUUCCAGUCUCCCACCAGUGAGGCAGUGGAGAAGUCUGCCCCCAGUACAGAGGGGCCAGAGCCAGCAGAGCUGAUCCCUGAGGCAGAGGCAAAGGGAGAGGGAGGGACUGUGGCCCAGGAGGGAGCAGCAGCGCAUAACAAGAACUCUGAGACAGGAGAGAAGAAGAAGGCAGAGGGCGCCAGUGAGGAAUGA